ACCACAGCAACGGUCAGCCUGGCUUCUGCGCGCGAAUAACCAGCAAUCGCUCUCUGAUGGCAGUCUAUGUAUGCUACGUCGAGUUAGCGGAACCAGGUCCGAUAUGUUCAAGUGAUGGGUCGCUUUUCUCCGAACAGUCUACUACAUACGGUAUAUCCAUAUGGUCAGGGGCUUGUCCGGGGUAGAUAUUUGCUCCACCAGUUAGAACAAUUUUGCUUUUCCGGGAGUGCAAAUGAACGAUAUCUUGGUGUUCCUUCUUAUAUCAAAAGUCGAGGAGAGCCUCAUAGCUAGACAGCAACUUUCCCGUGCAACUUCCAUUCAAGCCAUCACCGCAUUUUCACAUCACCAAUUACGAUGCCUUCUUCAAACCAGAUCCUCUCCGCUCUCGCCGCCGUUGGCUUUGUGUCGGUCAACGCCGCCAUGGGCCCGGCAUUCAGCACUGGUCCUGUCGCCGAUGACUCCUUCAUCCGCGAGGCGAGCUCUACCCUCGUCCUCCCCAAGGCCCCUACGAACAACCAGGGCGAUGCUUCUCUCUGGGUUGGCAUGGGUACUUCCAAUGGCGACUUAAUCCAGUCCAUCGCCGAUAGCUGGGAGUCCGAUGACUGGAGUAUCUACGCCUACACGCUCCUGAGCACCAGCGCUACCACACAGAUGCCUGUCCAGGGAGACUCUGCCACUGCGGAAGCCGCCGACCAGAUAACAAUGCACUACAAGUUCGACGACUCGACCGGAAAUUACACACAAACCGUCUCGAUCAAUGGCAAUGCCGUCUCCACUCUGUCUACUAGCGACGGACACGCCCAGGGUUGGGGCAGCGCCGUUGAGUGCGCCGAGUCUAACUGUGGUACGGUUGGCGCUCACAAGUGGAUCAACACCACUAUCAUUAUGGAUGUGGCUGACCCCGACUACAUCAACACCCUCGGCAAGGGUGAUGGCGUCACUGGCGACUUGGUCACCGUUGACGGAGGUAAGACUUGGACUGUUGACACCAUCAGUAUUCCUGAGUACACCUUCACUUCCUGAGCUUGAUUUGCUGUAAUAUAAAAGUGGUUGUAUUGUUGUUAUCUUCCUGUAUCAU